AUGGAGGAGGACGAAGAAUUCACGAGACAAAUUUCCUUGUGGGGACCGACGCACCAGGAGAUCCUGAGGACGAGCUCAGUGUGCCUACUUGGGAGCAGCCUCAUCAUCAUGGAAGUUGCAAAAGGGUUGAUGUUGAGCGGCAUAAGGAACAUCACCAUUGUAGACAACACAUGUGUAACCACAGAGGAUGCAAAAUAUUACAUUUUCUCCAAAGGGCAUGAAAUACUAAAUGAGUACCAAUGCAAAGUAGUGAGAGAAAAUUUGAUGAAAAUGAAUCAGCUAGCUAAUAUUACAUGCAUAGUUAAGAACCCACUGAACUACAUGAACGAGCUGGACUCAAAUGGGGAUCUAUACGAUGUGAUUGUCUGUAGCUUAUCUGUAAAGAAUAAUUUGUCUGUUGAAAAAAUUUGUAGAAGGAAAGGAAGAAAAAUUAUAACAUGCAAUGUUGAAGGGGGCUUAGGUUAUGUACAUGUGAGUGGGGGAGGCCAUCUGUAUGUGGAUACUUGUGGCAAAAAAAGGAGAGAAAAAUCUGAAUGGGCGAUUUAUAUUCACUUGUCUCAGUGUCUAUAUGACGAACUGAAGGAAUAUGUAAGAAGGGUAGAUUACGCCUCCCUUAGCGGCUGCGGAUGGAGGGAUAAAAUUAUAUUCCUGACCAAAUGCUACCAGGACUUUCGCUUGGAGGAGGCCGAUGCCACCAGAGACGGAGAAAGUAUAGAACGCAACAGCAGAAGCCAUAGAGGUGGCCACAGCUACUAUCAAUCUGACAACAGAAUCCAGUGUGAUGGCCCCUUUUUAACCUUCCUGGGUGAAAAACUAAAGUUAAAGGAUGAUCCACAGUUCCCCCCCCCGGAUGAAGCAACGUACACGAUGCUCGGCGUAAGGAACGUCAUGCAGAGGAUUAAGGAGACUCUGCUUGGAAACAGAAGGGAAAGGACCUGGCAGAACCACAUUUUUAUAUUCCUGGUCGUUUUAAAGAGCUUUAUAAAAGAACAAAAGGGAUUACCCUUCCUGUUGGAUCUGAAAAGUGAGAACCCUGAUGGUGGCAAGACGAUCAGUUGUCUGGAUAAAAUUUUGGUAAGCAGAAAACUGAAGGACGAAAAACAACUCGAAGAACUUAUCGACAAGAAGAAACAGAAAUAUAAAUUUAGAAAACCAUUUACUCUAUCCCAUUUUGUGUAUUUUUUCUGGAAUUUUCUCUUUAUUCGAAGGGUUGAGAGUAGGAGUAACACAAGGGACAACUCCUUGCGGGAGCACUUCCUAGAAUUUGCUCUUCUCUACGGUUUUGGACUGAAACCUAUAAAUGAAGGUCUCCUGAGCAUGUGCAGACGCGGGGGAAGCCCCCCUCCACAUUACUGCUAUUAUUUGGAGCAGAAGAUGAAGAAGACAAGGGGUAAUUUACUCUUGUGUGGCAGACACAUGAACCUCCUCCAUUUUGGUGAAGGAAACAUGAAUGGGAAAAUUAAAAAGGAAUUAAGUAAGCGUGUUGAAUUAUCGGUGCUACAUGAUGAGGGAGAGACACACAUAGAUGGGUACGAUGGUGCGAAACGGUUGCAUUAUUUACUCCCCUAUGUAGAUGCAAAUAGAAAUAUUUUUUUUAACGCGGUGCGGGAAGUGGAGAGCACAUUCCAUCGAUUGGUUUGCGAUGUGAGGGGUUACGGAGUGUGCGUGCAGAUGGUCAUUGCGGGUUUGGUUACGCAGGAGGCGGUUAAAAUGUGUUCGUUGUAUUUGGAACCGCAGUCGAGUUAUUUCUUCUUCACUGCGGGGAAGGGGUACGGCAGUGCGAACAUUGGUACAGCAAUACAUUGA